AUGGAUUGGAGGCGUCUUGCCAUUCGUACCCUUUCUCCUUCCACCGUUCCUUCAAAGAGUCGAUGUUUUCUUCGGGGCCUCCAGCACCACCCCGCCCCUCCGCUAACGACACCCACCUGCAUCGCUGACCUCCGCCAGCUUCAACCACCGUCAUCCCCGUCGCCGCUGCCUGGAAUCCGCCAAAUCGAUCUACCCUCCACCACCGGUCGCCCAAAUCCACUUUCCUCUGUACCCAACCGAUCAUCAACCAUCCGAGCCCGUCGUCCCACCGGAGGAGACGAGACAACAUCCUCCAGCAACCAGAGAUUAGGGUUCGAUUUUCGCUUCAGCAGACAUUCUCCAAUCAACCACCGCACCCUACAAAUAUGGCUAAUCCAUUCAACACAACGGUUGUAUCAAGAAAAAGACAAGCAGACUCAUUACAAUGAGAGGUUGGGUAGGAGGGUAGUACUGGACUCUUUCAAUGUGAUUUCUGGAAAGCGGCGUCGUUGAUUUAAUCAACAAGAGCACUGGAAUGCAUAACUGGGAACAACCCGUUUAGCUCCAAUUCUUCAAAAAUAUUGAAUUAAUUUAAACUUUUUUUUUUAAAACUUUGCAUCAAUGACAGUGCAGGUUAAGGUGUUGGGAAAGAAGGGGAAUUCGUACUCUCAGAUUAUCAAUACAAGUUUGAUCAACUCUGUGUUAAAAAAUGCAUGCUACUACAAAGCAAUAACGAAGCAUUAUUGGAGGUAAUACAGUAAGGGGCGAGUAUGAGGACUUGAACUGCAAUUAACUCUAUCAUGUAGCCAAGAAUAAUUUUACUGAUUGGAGAUGGAAUUUGGAAAAUGGGAAGUAGCACUUGCUGAGAAAAAUUGAAUGGUUAGUGAGGCCUUCGACUUUAAAAGAAACAGACAUGUGCUUCGUUGAAUUUAUUUAAAGUUUAGAGUUCUUAAAAAUUAAUGAGUUGAAGCAGAUGGAGACACGGGCAAAAUGGACAUUUAUAUGCAGAGCUCAACACGUAUAAAUAGCAGGAGCUCCUGUUGUUCUUUUUAGAACAACACCCGACCUUCAAUCCAAGAAAAUAUCUCCUUUUGCUGAUAAACAUUAUUUGCUAAAUAUCCGUCUAUAAAUUUUCUGAUGGUACGAUUAUCGACAAGUGUUGGAAUCCUCUAUCCGCAAUUCAGAUAAUGAAUGGCGAAAUCGUAAAUUUCCAUGUGCACAAUUUAAAUUUGCGUUGCUUGAAGUGGGGAACCCUAAAUCAUACAGAAUUCAGAUGUUGAAUGGCAAAAUCGUAAAUUUCCAUGUGCACAAUUACGAUCUGCGUUGCGUGAAGUGGGGAACCCUAAAUCAUACAGCCAGAGGCACACGCAAUAUCUUAAUAGGAUUGUUGAUUUCAAAUUCAAUGGAAUUGCAGGAACUUGCUUUUACUUCUUCAUCAUUUGUAUUAGAUAGGUUUGAGUGUUGUUUAUUCAAGUACUUCAUCAUUUGUAUUAGAUAGGUUUAAGUGUUGUUUAUUCAAGUACAAGU